GGCGGGGAGGGAGGAGGAGCGACCCGGGUUUGGGGGGCGGCUGCACAGUCUCUGGGAUCCCCAGGCCUGGAGGGGGGGUCUGAGCGCGGCCAGCUGGCUCUGGCCCCCGUCCGGUCCCGAGCGGGCCUCCCUUGGGCCAGCCCGAUGUGACCGGGUCCAGCGGAGCCUGAGUAAGGAGCGGGCCGGUCGCGGAGCCGGAGGGCGGGAGGAACAUGACAUCGCGGAGAUGGUUUCACCCAAACAUCACUGGAGUGGAGGCAGAAAAUCUACUGUUGACCAGAGGAGUUGAUGGCAGUUUUUUGGCGAGGCCCAGUAAAAGUAACCCCGGAGACUUCACACUUUCAGUUAGAAGAAAUGGAGCUGUCACCCACAUCAAGAUUCAGAACACGGGUGACUACUAUGAUCUGUACGGAGGGGAGAAGUUUGCCACUUUGGCUGAGCUGGUCCAGUAUUACAUGGAACAUCAUGGGCAGCUGAAAGAGAAGAAUGGAGAUGUUAUCGAGCUCAAAUAUCCACUGAACUGUGCAGAUCCUACCUCUGAAAGGUGGUUUCAUGGUCACCUCUCUGGGAAAGAAGCAGAGAAAUUACUAACCGAGAAGGGAAAACAUGGUAGCUUUCUUGUCCGAGAGAGCCAGAGCCACCCUGGAGAUUUUGUUCUCUCUGUCCGCACGGGUGAUGACAAAGGGGAGAGCAAUGAUGGCAAAUCUAAAGUGACCCACGUCAUGAUCCGCUGCCAGGAACUGAAAUAUGAUGUUGGUGGAGGAGAACGGUUUGAUUCCUUGACAGAUCUGGUGGAGCAUUACAAGAAGAAUCCGAUGGUAGAAACAUUGGGCACAGUACUCCAACUCAAGCAGCCCCUCAACACAACUCGUAUCAAUGCUGCUGAAAUUGAAAGUCGGGUUCGAGAAUUGAGCAAAUUAGCCGAGACCACAGAUAAAGUCAAACAAGGCUUCUGGGAAGAAUUUGAGACACUACAACAACAGGAGUGCAAACUUCUCUACAGCCGAAAAGAGGGCCAGAGGCAAGAAAAUAAAAACAAAAAUAGAUACAAAAAUAUCCUGCCCUUUGAUCACACCAGGGUGGUCCUCCACGACGGUGACCCCAACGAGCCCGUGUCUGACUACAUCAACGCAAACAUCAUCAUGCCUGAAUUCGAAACCAAGUGCAACAAUUCAAAGCCCAAAAAGAGCUACAUUGCCACACAAGGCUGCCUGCAAAACACGGUGAACGACUUUUGGCGAAUGGUGUUCCAGGAGAAUUCUCGAGUGAUCGUCAUGACGACAAAAGAAGUGGAGCGAGGAAAGAGCAAAUGUGUCAAGUACUGGCCGGAUGAGUACGCUCUCAAAGAGUAUGGGGUCAUGCGCGUCAGGAAUGUCAAAGAGAGUGCCGCACAUGACUACACGCUAAGAGAACUGAAACUCUCGAAGGUUGGACAAGCUCUACUCCAGGGGAAUACGGAGAGAACGGUCUGGCAAUACCACUUUCGGACCUGGCCGGACCACGGCGUGCCCAGUGACCCCGGGGGCGUGUUAGACUUCCUGGAGGAGGUCCACCACAAGCAGGAGAGCAUCAUGGACGCGGGCCCUGUCGUGGUGCACUGCAGUGCUGGAAUUGGCCGGACAGGAACAUUCAUUGUGAUUGAUAUCCUUAUUGACAUCAUCAGAGAGAAAGGUGUCGACUGCGACAUCGAUGUUCCCAAAACCAUUCAAAUGGUACGGUCUCAGAGGUCAGGGAUGGUCCAGACAGAAGCACAGUACCGGUUUAUCUACAUGGCUGUCCAGCAUUAUAUUGAAACACUACAGCGAAGGAUUGAAGAAGAGCAGAAAAGCAAGAGGAAAGGGCACGAAUAUACCAAUAUUAAGUAUUCCCUAGCGGACCAGGCAAGUGGCGAUCAGAGUCCCCUCCCACCGUGUACGCCAACACCACCCUGUGCAGAAAUGAGAGAAGACAAUGCCAGAGUCUAUGAGAACGUGGGCUUGAUGCAGCAGCAGAAGAGCUUCAGAUGAGAAGACUUGCCGAAAUGUCAGUACAGAGAGAGAUGUGGACUUUCACCUUUCCUCCAAAAAAGAUGAAGAACAGAUGUGCAAGAGACCUUAUGAGAAGAAUGAAUUUGGAUUUGGAACAUUGUGGCUGACUACUUUUUGAUAAGCAAAAUUUGAAACCAUUUAAAGACCAUUGUAUUCUAAUUCAGCAUUUCCUCAGAUAAGAAGAAAUCAUCUCUACAAUGUAGAAAAUGUUACAUUUUAUAGAAUUUUGUUUUAAAUUGAAGCAGUUAAACUGUGCUCUGUAUUUUACAGAUUAUGGGGAUUCAAAUUCUAGUUAUGAGAAAUUUCUUUUUUCUUUUAAUAACCUUAGCCAUUUUAAGUUUUUUCUUUUUGUCGGGAUGAUAGAGGCACUUGAAAAAAGAAAUGAUUUAGAAAAAUUAAGUAACAACAUCCUUGAGAAGUGAGAAUGAUUUUAUUUUCCAUCGCUUAUUGUCUUAAUCUGUUUUGUAUUGCCUAACAGAAUAGCAUAGAGUGCAUAAUUUAUAAUGAACAGAUUUAUUUCUGAUAGUUCUAGAGGCUAGAAGGCCCAAGGUCAAGAGGCCAUGUCUCAUGAGGGCCUCUAGCUGCAUUAUAACUUGGCUGAAAGCGUCAUGGAGAGAAGAGAGCUUGAGGGCUCGCUUUAUAGCCACCCCCGAGACAAUGUUGACCCAUUGUUGUGGCUGAAUCCUCCACCUAAUCUCCCCUGACAGCCCCCACUUCUCCGCACUGUGGCAUUGGGGGUUUCGUCUCAAAUGCGUGUACUUUGGGGACACAUUUAACCACAGCACUUAGCAGUAGACAAUUCACUUUGGUGGCUUCCUUUUUUGUUUUUGGCUAAAUGGUCAUGAGGCCAGUGUAUCAUGACUGUCUGCCUUUGUAUUGCCAUUCUGGCAUUAAAAAGUCAUGGGGAAUAAAUCAUGGAGAUGGAUGAAGCAGGAUAACAGGUAUGUUUUCUUAGCAGAUGACCAACUACCCCUCAGCUGUUGAGAGAGAGUUGUGAUGGGAAACGGGUGCCAUGUUUUCUUUGCAUUUGAGUAAUUGUCUUGGGUUUGGAAAACAGGCAUCUUGAUGAGCAGGGUCUUGUUUUUCCAGUGUUGCUGACCCCCUGCCCCCAUUCAUUGGCCCAAGCUGGGCUCAGUGGAGCUGCUCUUCUCUCUUGGCACAUGGUCACUCAUGUGGCUGGUAGGUGGGCUGAGACACUAGGAUGGCUGGAGUCCUCAGGGUCUCUCCUCCAUGUGGUCUCUGCAUCACCUGCCGGGUGAGAGUGAAGCCUUUUACACGGCAGAGGUGGCUAGGCCCUCUUCAGACAUAAGCCUAGGCCUGCUGUAGCCCCCUCCUUUGCCCUCCAUCAAUGACACAAGCCUCAUGAAGAAGGUGUGCGGUGGAGGUGAAGCUCAUGGGGGCCAGGGGUCUGACGGGCACUCACAGCCAGUGCCAUGGAAACAGCUCUAGUGAAUGCAAGCAGAGGCAGCUGCGACUGUGUGAAGCUGAAGCUGCUCGCAGUAACUGGUCGAAGCUGCGUGUCAGAUGAGAAAUAGAUAGAGGGCCUUCCAGAAGCUUCUGAGCCAAUUCUGACAGGCCUGCACAUACUUUGUGAGCUAUCACUUGGGGAAACUGGUCUGGGAAGGAUGAAUGUGUAAGGGGACAGCAUUUGAAAGCAGAGCCACCCCAUCUUUGCAACACCUGCAGCCCUUGGCCAGGGUGAUGCUUUCUCAACACCCUGGUUGUUAGUCAGGCCUUGCCCACAUGCACAGUCAACACAGCGAGGAGCAGUUGGGACCAGGCCUCUUGUCAGAUUGAAUGAGCCCAUUUUUUUGGAAGCAGUAGGAUUUGCUAGUGUUCUACCUUAAGUGCCUUCUCCGAAGAUAUCCCUCUUUGCCUCCUGUUGAAUCAUUCAGUGAGAGUAUUUCAGUGAAAACAUUAUGGGCUGGCUUUUGUAAUGAUAAUAAUGUGCUCUGUGUCCUUACUCAGAUUCUUCUUGCUUUGGCUCCUGACAGAAGGACUCCUUUUCCCCACCUUCCACUCUCUGGAAAGCCUGGGUAGCUGGGGGGUGCAGUGACUGCCAUUGUCAUAGAUAAAAUGUGCAUCGAUUCUUGCAUGGAAGGCAGAAUUGUUUCGGAGCACAAGUGUGGCCUCCAGGUGCCACCUUAUUAGGGGGAGGUAAUGACUCCUGUCUUCUUGUCAAGCCUACAAAGAAAGAGAUUCCAGUUCAGUGUUUGCAGCCAGGAUCGUGCAUCCUGUUCUUUUUACUGCGUUGUCACAUUGAAUCAUUUUUGAUUUUGUGGUAAUGCUUUGACUCUGGACUUCAGGGGCAAAGUCUUUCAGCAGCAUACAGGGUUUGAUUGUACAAACAAAUCUGCCUGGAGCCGGUGAUCGGUGAUUUUUGUACUCAGAAUGGAAAUACCUGAUCUUGGCAAGCUUUGUUGCAGCACAUUGAUUUCACUUUGGUUUCCCUCCACAGGGUCAGCAAACCAUCCUGUUGUUAUAUAAACUGAUGCCAGGACCAGAUUCACAGUAGUGUCCAGGUCGCUGGGUCUGUCUUGUGGUAAAGGUGGUGGUGGGUUUUCAGGUGUGGUCGCUCUACAUGUGGGAGAAUCAGACAGUGGGGCUGGGAAGAUGGGGAUAGCUCAAGAUGUGGGGUCGAAUCAAGAACGAAAAUGAAAGUUCCAAAGAGAUGGUUCAUGAGGAUGUCAAAGGGCCCAGGGCCUGAGUAGUCAGUAGGAGGUGAAUCAGGUUACCUGGAAAACAGGUGUACUUGGUGCCCAUGUGGAAUCUACUCUGGGUUGUUGGUGGAUAUUAAAUAUGGAUAAUAUCCCAUAGCUGGCUGACUAUUUUAUAAUUAAAAGCCUAGGAUUUUUAUAUCUGGGGUGAAGAAAUUAUCUGGCAUGUGGCAUUGAGGUGUUUUUUUAAAGCCAGAUUUCAAGAGUCUUACUAGCUUUUUUGUUGUUGUUUUUAAAAGGCCCCUCAUAUCCAGUUUGUGGGCCUCAUUGAAAUUAAUGACUUUUCCAACAUGGCGAAAUGGGGUGGGAAACUGUGUAGGACUUCUCUUGAUAUCCUUGCAUUCUUUACAGAGCCUAGCUGCUUUAUAACAGCCAAGCAAAUGGUCGAGAUUAUUUUUAGGGGUUAUUUUACUGGGGAUUUUAAGAGCUAAUACAUCUGGGGUUGUUCUAGGUCAGGGGAAUAUGGAAAGGGAUGCAGCUGUGAAGUGUUUUGUUGUAGAUUAAUCAUCGUCCAGAGAUGCUUAGACUGUAGAAAUAAAUGCAAGCCCACUGCAGGUCCUGUCUUCUGUAUGUUGGCAGGGGAAUAAAGUUUGAGAUAGCAAGCACAUGAGCCACCCUGAUUUGAAGAGGUCUUUCUUAGGAUCUGUUAGCCCUUAAUUUUGUUGAAAUCUUUUUCCUUCUUCCUCUUGAAAAAUAAGUUCCCAAACAUAGUUAUUGUAUCUUCCAUCACUAAAAAGUUUAUUCCUUUGUUCACUAUGGGCAGUUCACACAAGGCAAAAAUAUCAAACUGUUGGUUUUAGUGUGUUGUAUAACUUUACUGUAUAUCAAACUAAUUUUUACAAGUUUUCAUCCUAAACCUCAAAUCAUGUAAUUAAUAAUUUGCCUGUUUAUUUAUGACCUAAUUGUAAUUCUUUCAUUAAUAAAAGCUAAUGGAAAAGGACCCUUUAUUAAGCUGAUGACUACACCUACAUUUAAUUUUCCUGCAGUGUAUGAAGUAUUGUACCAGAGUAUUAAAAGAUAUGUAAUAUUUUAUUGAUAAAUCUAUCCUUUAAAAGGAAUACGUUUUAGGAUGUCAUCAUUUUGAUGUGAAUCAUGUAAAUGUUGAUAAUAUGCUGUUUAUUAUACAUGUAGUGUUUCAAGAGAUUCACUUAAUUGCCUUUUGCCCACAUAUAUUAUGUAGUCUAUUUGCAGUUGUUUUUUAGAAAAUGACAUUAAAAGGAUAGUUCAUGUAGAGAAACAUUAGGGGAUGUUAAUUGUUUUGCCACCUGUAUUUAUGGGUGUUAGUUCAACUGCUUUGCUAGUUGCAAAGCCAUAUUAUCAGAGUAAAAGUGUAUUUGUAAACUGUAUGGAACUAAAAAUUAGGAAUAAAACCAUUUUCUUACAUUA